AUGGCUCGAUCUGCAAUCCGGGACUCCACCGCCUGGAAAACGAGAUUUGCCCAUUUUCUGGUUCGAUGGAGGCUGAGGAGGUUAUGGGGUUCGGCUGUCGACGCAUCAAGGGAGAUCUGGAAGCUCCUCCACUUCGGCGAAGUAUGCAGGGAUAGGUUUGGAGUUUUUCCAACUCUUCCCCAAAUCGAAGCCAGGGCCCUCCACGUUCCAGAUCCGCGACGAACAUCAUCAUCCGUCACUGCGAAGGCGUCGUUGAUGGUGAUGGGGAUGAGGUCGAGUUCCGAGCUGGCCUCCCGAUGGGUGUCGAGGAUGGAUAUAUUGAUUGGAAAGGAAUCGAAGCGAAGUGAUUGGGAAGGAAGAAGGGAUCUCGACGAGGGUAGGUGGCCGGACAGAAGAAGGCUUUGGCAGAGAGAGGAUGGUUUUUUUUUAAUUUCAUUUUUUAAGUAA